AUGGCGUCAGGUCUCUUCGCGUCGCUGCCGAAGCCCAAGUACACCGGCGAACACGAGGAGGUCCCUACACACGCUCGACCAUCUGGACCGAGAAUCGUUGGGCGAGAUGCGAUAGAUGAAUCACAGAUCGUUCUGAGAAGGACAGGGCCUCCGCCAUAUGGCCAGCGGACAUCAUGGCGGCCGCGGGCACAAGAAGACUUCGGAGACGGUGGAGCCUUCCCAGAGGUGCCUGUUGCGCAGUACCCUUUGGGCAUGGGAAAGGCGGACACGGGAAAGAGCUCGAAUGCGCUGGCGCUGCAGGUUGACGCGGAGGGUAAGGUUAAAUACGACGCUAUUGCCCGGCAGGGUCACAGCGAUGACCGGAUUAUACAAUCAAGCUUCAAAGACCUCAUCCCUCUGAGACAACAGGCAAAUGCCGGUGAAAUUAGUCUGGACCGACCAACAGAAGAGGAGGUGGCAGAUACGACCGAACGAACUAAAUUGGCGCUGGAGAAGCUGGUCUCUGGUGCUGUCGCGGCACAGAAGCCCAAAAACGUCAAAGGCGGGAAGAGAGACGAUCCGACCUUCGUACGGUAUACACCAGCCAACCAGAUGGGCGAUAACUCGAAGAAGAACGACCGCAUAUUCAAGAUCGUACAAAAACAAGAGGAUCCGAUGGAGCCACCGAAAUUCAAGCACAAGAAGAUCCCACGAGGACCGCCAUCACCACCUCCUCCAGUCAUGCACUCACCUCCGAGAAAGUUGACGGCGGAAGAUCAAGAAGCGUGGAAGAUCCCACCGCCAGUCAGCAAUUGGAAGAAUCCGAAGGGCUACACUGUGCCUCUAGACAAGCGAUUGGCCGCAGAUGGUCGAGCGUUACAGGACGUCACAAUCAACGACAAGUUCGCCCAGUUCGCGGAAGCACUCUUCACCGCAGACCGACAUGCUCGAGAAGAGAUCAGCUUACGAGCUCAAAUGCAGCAGAAGCUGGCGGAGAAGGAGAAGCUGCAGAAAGAGGAACAUCUGCGAGAGAUGGCACGACAAGCCCGCGAGCAACGGCAAGCAUCGGCACGACGAGACUCGGACUCGCAUUCUCGAAGACGGCGGUCUCGCUCACGAUCCUACUCUGCAUCAUCUUAUUCGUCCAGAUCCGAAUCAGAUCCUGAGGCUAGCGCUGUCCGCGAACGUGAGCUUGCUCGUAAAGAGAAACGCGAGGAAGAUCAGCGGAAGCUACGACAGUCGCGAAUGGGCGCCGAGAAACGGAUGCAACAGAUGGCUCGAGAACAGAAUCGUGAUAUCUCUGAGAAGGUCGCGUUGGGUCUCGCAAAGCCAACGCAGAACAAGGAGACAAUGUACGACUCGCGACUCUUCAACCAGUCGUCUGGCUUCGACUCAGGCUUUAACGAAGACCAGCAUUACGACAAGCCACUGUUUGCUGCCCAAGAAGCCGCGAACCGGAUCUACCGCCCGACUGUGAACGAUGAUGCUGAUGAUGGCGGCGAGGAAGCAAGUACGAGGGAGAUGAACAAGAUCGAGAAGGGCAACAGAUUCGACAUUCUGGGCAAAGCGAAGCAAGGCUUCAAAGGCAGCGAUAGUAAGGCGGAGAGGGAAGCUGGCCCGGUCAUGUUCGAGAGGGACAAGGAAGAUCCGUUUGGAAUAGAUGCAUUGAUUGGCGAGGCGAAGGACAAAGCAGCGACCAGUUCGAAGAAGUAUGGUUUGGAGAGGGUUGAACGGGAUGAUGACGAGGGAGGGCGACGGAAGCGGGCCCGGGUGGACGACGAGGACUGA